AUGCAGUUCCUUCUUAUUGUUUUUCUGCUCUUCUUAGCGAAUCCCACUCUCGCUGCUCCGCACCGGCCGGGGCACAACGAAUCUUCGCUGCCAGAUAACCUGCCCUUUCCUUCUCCUGGUCAGCUACGGGAAAUAGAGCUGAGAGCUCACGGAACGCUGCCAAACACACCGCCCCCAAAUAACAUCAGCCGACAGGGUAUUGUCAACCUACAAUGGAUCGCUUUCAACGAGAACUUCGAGGUGGCUUUCUUCAACAGCCUUCUUCACAAUGUCACCAACAAUGUGACCGGCUAUGUGAUCCCUGACGACGACGACGAAGGCGAAGAAGAUGGAGAAGACCGGGAUAUGGUCAUCCGAAGUCUGACUGCAAUUCUUGCACAAGAAGAGUUGCAUGAAUUGAGCGCCAAUAUGGCCCUUCAACACUUUAAUGUUUCUCCCAUCCUUCCUUGCAGGUAUCACUUCCCUGUCUCCGACUUUAAUUCCGCGAUCGUUCUCGCCGCCAAUUUCACCGAUCUUGUCCUUGGAACUUUGCAAGACGUGGUGGAGCGCUUUGCCGUCGGGGGCGACUUCAACUUCACUCGAAUCAUCUCUUCGGUGAUUGGAAACGAAGGCGAACAAGAGGGCUGGUUCCGCGUGCUGCAGGACAAGGUUCCCAGCGAACUUCCCUUCCUCACCACCAGUGAUCUCAACUUUGCUUUCUCCGCCAUACUCAAUGCCUUUGUCGUCCCCGGCAGCUGCCCCAAUAUCCAUGAGAUUCCACUGCAAAGAUUUCACCCCUUGGCCAUCCUGACACCACCCGAAAACCGGACGCAGAUCAUCCAAGUCGCUUUCAGGCCUCGCAGACACAUGGCGCAGCGCUUGUGGAUGACCUAUAUCAAUCAACAGAAUCUACCAAUAGUGGAAUCAAUGAACAUCAUCUCCACCGAAAACCGGACAGUGGUCGCAGAGGUCCUUUUCCCGUACGACCAGUUCCUGAUGAACGGACUGACCAUUGCUGCUGUGACCAACAGCAGUGGUCCGUUCCGCAAUGCGAACGACGUGGCUCGGGCGACAGUGGCUGGACCUGGCUUGAUCAUUGUCAAUUGA